AUGUGGGUGUGUAUUUGUGAUGUGUGUCUAUCCAUGUCCAUCUAUAUCUCUGCGCUUGUCUGUGUCUAUUUGCAUGUGUUCGAUUGCCGGUCUGUGUUGAGUUAUGGAUGUGUGUGUCCAUGUCUGGUGGUUCAUGUAUCUCUGUAUGGGUCUGGGUGUCUGUGUGCAUGUCUGGUGUCCGUCUCUGUGUGUGCAUGUGCUCCUGGGUCUGCAGUGAACAGCGUCACGCUGGCCGUGAACCUGGUGGGCUGUCUCGCGUGGCUGAUCGGAGGCGGGGGAGCCACCAACUUUGGCCUCGCCUUUCUCUGGCUCAUCCUCUUCACACCCUGCUCCUACGUCUGCUGGUUUCGGCCCAUUUACAAGGCCUUCAAGACUGACAGCUCCUUCAGCUUCAUGGCAUUCUUCUUCACCUUUAUGGCCCAGCUGGUCAUCAGCAUCAUCCAGGCUGUGGGCAUCCCAGGCUGGGGUGUCUGCGGCUGGAUUGCCACCAUCUCCUUCUUCGGAACAAACGUUGGUUCAGCGGUGGUGAUGCUCAUUCCCACCAUCAUGUUCACAGUCAUGGCCGUCUUUUCCUUCAUUGCCCUCAGCAUGGUUCAUAAAUUCUACCGGGGCAGCGGGGGGAGUUUCAGCAAAGCCCAGGAGGAGUGGACCACGGGGGCAUGGAAGAACCCACACGUGCAGCAGGCAGCCCAGAAUGCAGCCAUGGGGGCGGCCCAGGGUGCCAUGAAUCAACCGCAGACCCAGUAUUCUGCCACCCCCAACUACACAUACUCCAAUGAGAUGUGA